UUUUUACGUUAUUUCCGGAGCACCUCCUACUACCGAAGCUUUCGUUAGGUCGGUGGUUUCACCUCGCGUGGGCUGCAGCAGAGCACUGCGUAUCAGCUGUUCAGUACUGUCAUCUUCCUGGCCUAACAUCAUGGGAGUGACUUGUGUGUCCCAGAUGCCUGUGGCCGAGGGCAAGAGUGUCCAGCAGACUGUGGAGCUACUCACCCGGAAAUUGGAGAUGCUUGGGGCAGAGAAGCAAGGAACAUUUUGUGUGGACUGUGAGACCUACCACACUGCUGCCUCUACCCUUGGCAGCCAAGGUCAGGCGGGGAAGCUGAUGUAUGUGAUGCACAAUUCUGAGCACCCUUUGAGCUGCUUCGCCCUCUUUGAGAACGGCCCCUGCCUGAUCGCCGACACCAACUUUGAUGUGCUUAUGGUAAAACUCAAGGGCUUUUUCCAGAGCGCCAAAGCCAGCAAGAUUGAGACCCGGGGCACCCGUUACCAGUACUGUGAUUUCCUCGUGAAGGUGGGCACGGUCACGAUGGGGCCCAGUGCCCGGGGCAUCUCUGUGGAGGUGGAGUAUGGCCCCUGUGUGGUAGCUAGCGACUGCUGGAGCCUGCUGCUUGAGUUCCUGCAGAGUUUUCUGGGCAGCCACACCCCAGGGGCUCCUGCAGUGUUUGGGAACAGACACGACGCAGUCUACAGCCCAGCAGACACCAUGGUCCAGUACAUGGAACUCUUCAACAAGAUCCGCAAGCAGCAGCAGGUGCCGGUGGCGGGGAUUCGAUAGUGACUGGCCGCCUGGCUGAGCUCUGUCGCCAGGGGAACUCCACCAGAGGAGCAGGUGCUGCCCCCUCAGGCCCUGAGACCCCGGAAGCCCAGGGCAGACAGGGAGGUGUCCCUCCCUCUCCAGGUCCCAGUUCUGGGGCUCUGGCCCCCCCUUCCCCUGACCCUCACACACAGCCUCCCCACAGCUGUUUCACCCCUCGCCCUGCUGGACCUGGCCUGUCCUCAGGAAUGUAAUUAUGAAGAGUUGACAAGUUUGCAGCUUUCCUGCUUUAGGGGGAAAGGGAGCAUGGGGGCGACCCUGCCUAGUGUCAGUAGGGACUGCAGUCUGUCUCCAACUACUGAGGACUUGGCCCAGGCCCACAGCAGGCAGGCUGCAUGUUGCAUUUGGGCCGUGUUGUAAUACAGGCCUCUCCCUCUGCUCUGGGAUGUGGCUGGGCCUCUCCUGGAAAAGGAGAAGGAGACACUGCUUAUUUGAUGGCUAUCAUUUCUGGCCUGUUUGCUGAGAUGAAUUGGGAGCUGCCAGAGUCCUUUGAAGUCUCUCUCUUGGACAUCUUUCCAUUGUGAUGUGAGCUCUGUUAAGACACAGGCUAAGCUGCUCUAAUAAGGAGAACCUAAAGUACAGUGGCUCUUAGAAGUUGGUGUUUCUCUUUUCUAACAGUACAGAGUAAUCAGAUAGUCUGGGGAGAUUUAACUCCCCGAGGUCAUUAGGAACUCGAUUUCCUUCUGUCUUGUUCUGCCACCCUAGGGUGUUCUCCUUGGGUGAGUCCAAGCAGUCUUCAGCUCCACAUCCAUAUCCCCUGGGGAAAAAGAGGGACCAGGUUUCUUUCUUAAAGGAUAUGACCUGGAGUUGUCCAAGUUACUCUGGUCACACUUUGCUGAAAGGGUCUCUGGGACCUAGAGCCUCUUCCUUGGGUGGUCGCAUGCCCAGUUAAAGCUCUGGGGGUUCUGUGACUAAAAGAUGAAGGAGAAAACAGAUUUGGGGGCCCAAUUAGUAGCCUCUGCUACAUAGAGCUCCAUGGAUGUGCCCAAGAAUGCUUGCUGGUAUUUUGCAGAGAGCACCCCUGUGAGUUAGCCACUCAUUUCUACCAGUUGGGUUGGGACAGAGCUGAUGCCAGAGCCACUUUAGCUGGAGCAGUCACACUGGGAAGUCACUUCCGCACCCCCUGCCUAAGUCUCAGCAUCAAGACCUCUCCAAUUCUCAUGAGCCCAGAGCUUUGGGUUGGGCAGUUGACCUGAGGCUCACGCUGUGUUUCAUGGUUUCCUGAGCUCUUCCUCCUCGUCUCGUUUGAGCCUCAAAGCUGCUCAUUUGACGACCUGCAUUGCCUGCCCACCCUGCUCCUGCUUUGGAAAUGUUCAGUCUGGGUGAUGUCGAGAUACACGGUCAGAGAUGGUCUUGGGAGAUGUGUCACUGUACACACUGCAGUGUUGUCCUCAAGGAUACUUUCCCUCAUCAAAGCCACCUAAAGAGAAAUUGUUUUCAGAUCUAAAGCCUCUGCAGCAACAAUCAGGUAGUGGUCAUGUUUUUUUCCCUUUUAGCUUUGGCUGGCAGAAGGCUCAAUUCAGCUUUAUAACUGGAGGACCUGUCAUCCUGUUUUUUGUUCUUACCUCUUCCUGACUUUGUUCCCUUGUCUCAUUUUUACUUUUUUAAAUGGAGGUAUGUUUUAGGUAUUAUUUUCACGCAAUAAAAUGCAGAGAUUUUUUA